ACAAAAGAACUUGAAAAGAACAAAGCUACAGCAGAACAACUACUUGGCCAAAUGCUUCCAAAGAAAGUAGCGAACGACAUAAGAGAAGGAAACAAAAUUCUUCCAGAGUAUUUUGAAAGUGUCACUGUAUUCUUCAGCGAUAUCGCCAAUUUCUAUAUGAUAUGCAAAGAAAGUAACCCAAUCGAGAUUGUGAACUUUUUGAAUGAGAUUUAUAAUGCAUUCGACAAAGUUCUCGAUGAUUAUGAUGUUUAUAAAGUAGAAACUAUCAGUGACUCAUACAUGGUGGUGAGUGGUCUCCCAGAGAAGAAUGAGAAUCGUCAUGCGGGAGAGAUUGCAACAAUGGCUUUAGAUCUGAUGUCAAUGGUGACCGUGUUUGAAAUACCACAUAUACCAAAAUCUACUUUACAAUUACGAAUUGGAAUACAUUCAGGACCAGUUGUAAGCGGUGUGGUUGGUAAACUUAUGCCUCGGUAUUGUUUGUUCGGAGACACUGUGAACACAGCUUCGAGGAUGGAGUCUAGUUGUUACGCUCUGCGAAUUCAAGUGAGUGAGGUUACAGCUGGCAUUCUUGAAGAAUUAGGGGGAUAUACUUUGGAAUCAAGAGGCCAGAUAAAUGUGAAAGGGCGAGGGAUGAUGACAACUUUCUGGCUUUGGGGAAAAGACACCUUCAAAAAAAUGUUGCCGGACCAAUCUCUAGCUUUGUCGCUUUCUAAACACAAGUUCAAGUGAGAAAAUUAUUUCGAUGUUAAUAAUAUGAAUCUUGAGGAUGAUGAUGUCAUUGAUGAUGACGAUGCUGCUUGUGGCGUUGGAGUUUAUUGAGGAUGACGGUGAUUAUGAUAGUAAUGAUGGUGAUGAUGAUGAUGAUGAUGAUGAUAAAAAUUACGAUUAUGAUGAUGAUGAUAAAGACGACGGCGACGACGGUUUCUUUGUCAUUACCUGUAUUAGUGAUGUUGAUGAGAAGGGAUAUGCAUAUGCUUCCCAAUCUGCAGGGAUGAUGGGUAUCGUUGAUCGAAUUCAUAGAAGUAGUUUGUAACUGGUUUGUCAGUGGAUCACCUCUGUGCCUCAUGAGGGAAAUGGAAAUUUUGUACUCGGUAUGACUAGAAGUGUAGAACUUACAAAUUAAAUCGAUAUGACAAAAUUGCGCAAGUCAUUUUGUGUGACUCAUUAUUUCUUCCGAAUCCUUGUUAUAAUAGCAACAUCUGAAACACACAGAGCCUCAGCGGCGGCAGCAGCGGCAACAACAACAACGACAUAAACAACAAGAAUAUUAAUCAGGCAGGAUCAUUAUCUCGCUGUACGAAAGGCUUAUCGGUAUUUCGUUCUGAGUUCAAAUUCCGCUGAGGCCCACUUUGCCCUUCAUCUUUUGAGGGUCUAUAAAAUAAGCACCAAUCACAUGAACAUACCCACGGUAUAUCGAUAGAUUUGAGAGUUUACGAUAUAUACUCAUGGAUGUUUAUUGACACACAUACAUAUAUACGUAUAUAUGCAUAUAUAUAUACACACAUGCACAUAUGCGCAGGCACAUACAUACGCACAGACAUACACACGCUUUCAGAGAUCGACUUUGAGAAAGAGUUAUUCACUGCGAGGCUGCACUCUUUUUUAAUAUUCUUGCAUCAUGAGUUUCUCUCGAAUAUAUACUCAAUUCUUCAAGCUGGAUAAGAAUGAUAGAUGACAACUGCAUGGCGAAAACGUGGCAUAAACUCUCUCGAGAUAACGAAUUGUCAACAAUAGAACUAUUGACAAGGGAAGAAAAUAUAUAUAAAGAGAAGAGACCAUUCAGGAGUUUGGUAGUAGUUGUUCCUCUUGCGGUUUUUAAUUGUUUCCCGAAUGAAGAAGGAACAUGAUAUCAUCAGAAUCAAUAUAGCACCCGAAUAUCAAAAUUUACCUCGGAGAGGGAACUAAAACUAAAACUAAGGUAAUCAAAGGAAUUUUCGAUUUAUAAUUGAUUUUGAACCUAUAUAAACUUAAAACAGAAAAUUUGUCUCUCUGUUUUUCUGCCUUCUGAUUGAGUUGAGAAAGAUAAAUAUUUAAUUUAAAUGAAUUUAAAUGAAGUAGUAAUUUUCCCUUUUAAGAACAAAAAAAUAAAGUUGAAAAUGUCAGUUUCGGUGGCGACAAUGUUAUGAAGUGCAGGCGGCCUGACCUCUUAUUUCAAAAAUGAAAUCAUAAUAAUCUAUUACCACUCACUCGAUCAGUGGUUAGGGAUAACUAGUACUUCAAAGCCACAUUUACUACUUGAUUUCUUUUUCUUAACGGGAAAAUUACUAUGCUUUCUUUUUAAUCUGCAGUUGUAUUGCAAAAAUUUUGGAUUAUGUUUCUUCCCUGUGCUGUCGGAUGGCUUGAAAUAAACUCACGGAAGG